AUGAGUUCGCUGAACACCCGACUGAAAGCCUUUGGUUUUGGCAAACGCAAAUCCACCGCCAGCAUUCAAGGCCCUCCGACCACAAACCAACAACAGCCCGUCUACGGCAUCUCGGCCGCCCCGCCCCAGAUCCCCCAGCAGUUUCCCUCUCCCUCUCCCCAUCCCACUCCCCCGCCUGGCCAGCAACAGCCGCUCCAGCCCCAUCCACCUCCUCCUUCGCAGACGCCUCAGCUCCAGACUCCGCAUCAACAACCUCCUCUUGGUCCGCCGCCUCAGCCGUCUCCUGCUGGCCUUCAAGGACCUCUGCCGCCCGUCCCACCGCCUACGUCUGCCUCGCCGCCCGCCGCCCUUAUCGGCGCGCCCAUCUCCACGACGAGUCCUGUUCCAGGACAACCUUCGUCUGCCUUCACGCCGCCGCCCGUUGGUGCUCCGCAGCAGCCGCAGCAACAGCAGCAGCAGCCGCCGCCGCCGUUCGGACUCACUCCUCUGGGCAUCCAGCAGCCCGUCAUCAUGAACCCCAACGUCCCUGGAGCGCCUCGCCCGCCCAGCUACACUGCCGGAUAUCCUCCUGCUGGUGCUCCUGUCCCCGGCGGUCCUCCCCGCGCCCCUCCCUCCCAGAUGGCAGGUGGCCCUCCCCCUAUCAACACCGGCGCCCCCGUGCCCGGCUACCCGCCACAAAUGCAGAUUCCGGGCGGCCCCCCGGCCAUGGGCGGGCCCCCGGGCUACAACGGAGCCCCGCAGCCCCAGGGCUACGCCCAGGUCCCCCCGCAACCGCAGCCGGUUGCGGCCGCGUACGGCCGUCCAGCGGCCGAAGUCGAGGGCAGCAGCCGGAGUAAGGCUCAGCUGAUUGUCGGUAUUGACUUUGGUACCACGUUUUCGGGUGUUGCUUUCGCCUUUGCUACCAACAACGAGGCGAAGGAGGAUAUUAUCACAGAAUGGCCCGGUGCUGGUUCCUACACGAAGCAAAAGAUCCCUACAGUUCUGUACUAUGAUCAGUACCAAAAGGUUGUCGGCUGGGGUCCCGAUAUCGCUGAUGCCCUCGCGCCCACGGGUUACCCCAAGGCGGGCGUGCAGAAGGUCGAGUGGUUCAAGCUGCAGCUGAUGCUGUCCGGCAACACAUACAUCGACCCCAUCAACCUGCCGCCUCUGCCGCCAGGCAAGUCUGAGAUCGACGUCGCUGCCGACUACCUCUUCAAGCUGCGCCAGGCCAUGCGCGCCGCGCUGCAGAAGACGCUCGGUGAAGUGUUCAACCGUGAGGAGCGCAACAUUCGCUAUUACCUCACCGUACCCGCCAUUUGGAACGACGCUGGCAAGGCCGCUACCCGUGCCGCCGCCAUCCAGGCCGGUUUCCUGCGCGACGAGAACGACAACCGCCUGACUCUUGUGUCCGAGCCAGAGGCCGCCGCCCUCUUCUGUUCCAAGACGGGUCUGCUGAAGCUCAAGGUACACGACGCCCUCCUGAUUGUGGACUGUGGCGGUGGUACUGUCGAUUUGAUCGCCUACGAGGUCGAGGAGGAGAGUCCCUUCACGGUCGCCGAGUGCACGGCUGGUUCCGGAGACUCGUGCGGUUCGACCGCCCUGAACCGGAAUUUCAGCAACAUUCUGCGCACCAAGAUCCGCAAGAUGAAGCUGCCCGACGGCUCCAAGAUGGCUGGCCGUGUGUACGCCAAGUGCAUCAUGGACUUUGAGAACCGCAUCAAGGCCGAUUUCCGUAACAACGGGCAGAAGUGGGCUGUCGACGUCGGUAUCGAGGCCGAGUUCCCCGAGGCCGGCAUCGAAGAGGGCUACAUGACCUUCACGAACGAGGAGAUUUUGCAAUGUUUCGAGCCGGUUGUCAACCGCAUUCUCGAGCUGGUGCGCAACCAGAUCAUUGCCAUCCAGGCCCAGAACCGCACACUGCAGAACAUCCUGGUUGUCGGAGGUUUCGGUGCCUCCGAGUUCCUCUUCCAGCAGAUCAAGUUGCACGUCCCUCCCCAGUUCCAGUCCAAGGUCGUGCGUCCCAUGGACUCUGUGGCUGCCAUUGUCAAGGGUGCCGUUACUGCAGGUAUCACCGAACGCAUCAUCACUCACCGUAUCGCUCGUCGCCACUACCUCAUGGCCACGCUCCAGCCCUUCAAGGAGGGCUACCACCCAGAGGCGUACCGUGUGCCGUCGCUCGACGGAAAGGAUCGCUGCAAGUUCACGCGCCAGAUUUUCGUGCAGAAGGGCCAGAAGGUCAAGAUUGGCGAGCCCGUCAAGGUGUCUUUCUUCCGGCAGGUCGCCCCGGGCGCCACGCUCAUGUACGAGGACAUUCUGUACGCCUGCGACGAUGAUGUCUGCCCGGAGUACACCAAGGACCCAAGAAUCAAGGAAGUUGUCACCCUUACCUCCGACCUGUCGCGCAAAAACCUGGAGAAAGACUUUGAACGCAUGGACACGCCACAGGGCACGUUCUACCGCGUGUACUUUGACAUUUACCUGACUCUCGACGGCUCUGAAUUCAGUGCCGAGCUGGUGUGCCAAGGCGAGGUUAUGGGCCGCUGCCGCGCGCGCUUCCGGUAA